UGCUCAUUUAAAGGGUAAUAACUAAUUUUUUGUUACCUUGUUUGUUAUUGAUCCACUGAAAAAUAAUAUGCAAUUGGAACAAUGACUGUUGGAGGCUAAAAGAAAAGCUGCUGUUAAGGAGAUAUUGUUCAAAGCUAAACAAGACAAGAGGUAGCAGCUGCUUCAGGAGAGAGCGAGAGAGAAUUACGAGAAACACUAUCAGAUCUGUCGCUCUAUCAUACUCCAAAUGGUUGACCUAAGCACAAAGAUUGGAGAAUAUAGGGAACUCACCCAAUGUGCUAUACUAGUUAAGAUGAUACGUGAUUGGAAACUAUUGUUUCUAUUCAAUAAACCACUUUAUGAGGACAGUGGUCUUGUAACUGCUACUGAAGAGGAAGAAGGAGAGAAAGGGGAAGGAGAGAGAGAGAAAGGAGGAGAGGGAGAGAGCAUCAGUCUCCAAUCUACUAGUACAGUUGAUGAUAAAAAUGCAGAAGCUGAUGAUAUACUUGAUGAUGCUGAUUUACAAGAAUAUCUACAAGUAACUAACGAGUGGUCCAGUGACAGUACUGAGUGUCCUCAUCCUCCUAAUAUGGUGUUGUCUCAUAUUAUGUAUCGACUCAUUGAACUAGUCAAACCACCUCAACCUCCUUCCAAUCCACCGUCACUGCCUAAGUUUUAUCUAAGAGGAUCAUUCGUUGGUCUCCCAUUCACUAGAAAAACUUCAUCACUUAAAUACAUCAAUGAAAGUAUUAUUCUAUGACUAAGAAAUUGACCUGAUUUACAUUAAAACUUGAAAGACACCUGUGUCAUCUUUACUUGCUUGCAGGUAGUCAUUACAAGUCAGUCUUUAAUACUGGAUAAAUGGCAUUCAAAAACUGACUCGUUUUAACUGUAGACGUGCAACACACUUCUAUGCUUUCAGUUUCAAAGAAUUUGCAGUUGAGAGUCAAUGCGGGGCAAAGAAGAGCUGGACAAGGAAUUGCUGGAUCACUUUCCUUCUCAACAAGUAUUAUAACUAUUCGACUAGUAAAAUCUCUUAUUGAACGUACACAAAAUUUU